AUGUCACAUUUUCAAUCCUUGUCGGCUCCGUUCGUGGACAAAGUGUCUUCGUCUGACGGGAGCGGUAAUAAUAAUCUUGUGAACAAUCACUACCUCCAGAAUAAUCCCGCGAUCCUUCAGCACCUGAUCGCGAACGCACAACAGUCUCCCGGUUUAAGGAGCAAAAUUGCACCCGUCAAGUAUCAGCGCAAAGAGAAAGAGGAAAUAUCGUUUGAGGAAAGCAGACGACGUGCAUUGGCUGCAACCGAGCUUGCUCUCGCUUCGCCCCGGACAAAAGCCCAGUUUCUCGAACAAGAACUGAGCUGGGAAAGCCUCGACCAACGGUCCACUACACCUGAAGGCCGCCCGUCUACAGCGCAAUUCUACGCGGACGAGGAACGACGCCAUCAACAGCUACAGCAGCAACAACAAACCCAGUAUCAUCAUCAGCCUCAGCCUCAGGGUCACCAUCAUCAGCAACAACCGGCCCAGAACUACUCUUUGCACGGGUUCGCGUCGCCUGUGGGAUCUGAGGGAUCUCAGAACUCGUACUCCUCGGCAGACCGAUCGAUAAACGACCAGUCGCCUGCGACCUCACAAUACACUGUCACCGGGGCCUCACCGCGACGGCCUUUAUCUACAUCGAGUAACGAAUCUUUACGGUCUACGGGGUCGAGGCCUGGAUCGCGACCAUCAGAGCGGGGUAAUAACACACCUCAACAACACUUGAAGAAAUUACGCUCUGUUCCAGAGAGCGACUCUUCUGCGCGAAGCGGUGGCAAUUCACAGGCGGGAAUGGCGUCCGAAGGAGCUUUGCCUGCACCCGGCGCGAGGGUGGGAGGUCCGCGCUCGUCAUCAGUUGAUGCAGCGAUAAGUAAUAUUUUCACGCAAAACCAAACCGGUGAACGGACUCCGGAAGAAAUUGCCACUCUUAUUCAAGCUGCGGGUUCCGCGGAGGCUUUGAUUUCUCACUUACUGAAGGAUAAGGCGCAGGCAGCCUCUCAAAAUUCGCAGCUCUGGAGGUUGGUAGAUAAGCAACGGUCGAUGAUUUUAAGCCUCAAUCGGGAUCUAGAAAAGGCAAUGAAGGAUAAGGAGAGGUAUAGGAAAAAGCUAAAGGAGCAAUUGAGUGCCGUACCGCCCUUGCCGACUGGAGCAGACCCAAGAUCCGUUACUUCACCCACCCCAAGCGACCCACACGACACCGAUGCUGCGUCUUUAGACGGUCGAACUUCGAUCAAGGAGCUUACUCGAAGUGAUACAUUUUCUACAGUGGAUGAGCAUGUCGCGCCUUACCCAAUGUCACCACAAGAGGUUGCAGGCCAAAUAACUAGUUUUCAUCAGGUUAUGCCGGAUGAAGAGCAACACAUAGUGGGAAAUUUAGGGAACGGUCAGAGAAGAGGACCUUCGAAUUUAGAUCUUUCCAAGUCUACGAAUAGCAGCGAGCCAUCGGCGCCGACUCCAGGCAUGCCAACACCUGGAAUGCCUACGCCGGGUCUAUCGAGGAAAAGGGCGCCUGCACCAUUGCAGUUGCAACAGUCAGCCCAAGGAUUCUCAGUUCAAAGGGAUGAGCCUAAGAUACCUGCACCUACCGACUUGACUGAAGACCAAGCUCGAGAGGUACUUCGCCAACAAGAAGCCUUGAUCUCGCCUGGGCUUCCCAGGAAGAUGACAUUCGAUGGAGGAGAAAACAUCAAGUCAACCACGCUUAUGGCCCCACCUCGCGGACUUACACUUAAAGGCUCGUCGAAUGCAUUGAAGAGUCCGGCACUUGGGCUUGGCCUGCCGCUUAGUCCUAGACCUGUCGACCGACCGCUUGCGUCACCGUUGCUUUCUCCACGACAGCCAAGGAUGGAGGGUAGACUUGGAGGUCCCCUAUCCCCACCCCUAUCCCCAAGAUCCGGAUUCCCAGGUUCUGCCUCCAGCGUCGCUGGAAACCAUAAUGGACCUUUGAGCCCUGGGUUACUAUCUCCAACUCGCCAAGCUACCUUCCUUGCUCAGAUGUCUGAACAACCUGUUACCAACAUUCAUGAGCAACUCAUGAACUUGCCACAAAUGGCCUCCUUGGCACGGGAAGUCAAGCAGGAAGAGAAGGCACCUGGCGAUUUUGCCAAGGAAGCCAGUUCUUUGAACGGCAUUGCCAAAGGCGGUGACGAUAGGCUACUUAUAGUACCUCCUGCAUUGCAGACCAUUGAUGCCAAGGUCUUGUCGACGCGGAUGAGAGCUCGAGGGGAUUAUGCAAAAGGACGAGACCAGAUCGUCUUUGUUUUAGCUACAUUCUCUCGCACCAACGGGAACGAGCUUUGGCGUGUUGAGAAGGACGUCAACACACUGGGAAUACUCGAUUCUCAAGUGAGGCAAUUUGCAAAUCCGAAGAAUUUCACGGCCAAAUUGCCCAACAUGACCUUGUUCACAAAUCAUUCACCUGCAAAUAUCGAAGGUCGUAAAGCUGCGAUUGAAGAAUACUUUGUGUCCAUAUUGAAUACCAUCCCAUUGGAUCAGAGGGCCGGCCAGGCGCUUUGCGAGUACCUUUCAGUGGAUGUUGUCGAGUCGACGACAGGGAGUGACACCGCUAGCUUGUAUAGCAAUAAAGACAGCUUGUCUAAUGUCCCUUACCUUCCCAGCGGCGACCGCAGAAUAACGAAGGAAGGGUCGCUCAGAAAGCGAGGGAAGAACUUCGGUGGCUGGAAGUCCCGUUACUUCAUCCUUGAGGGUCCCAUUUUGAGAUAUUUUGAGCAUAGGGGAGGUUCCCACUUAGGUUCCAUCCGUCUACCAAGUGCUCAAAUUGGAAAACAGUCGAAUAACCAACCGCGCUCGGAUAAUCCCGAGGAUAGCGAGAACCAAUAUCGUCAUGCCUUUUUGAUUUUGGAGCCGAAGCGCAACAACCCGUCAAGCUCCAUAAGGCACGUUUUGUGUGCAGAGAGUGAUGCUGAAAGGGACGAAUGGGUGGAUUGCCUUUUGCAAUACGUACACUACUCGGAUGAGCAGGACGACAACGCUUCUAUAACCAGCGAGAGACGAAGGAACGACGAUACCGCUUCUGUCACUAGUGAAAAAAGGAAAGCCAGCCUAGCCGAAGAAGGGCAACCCCAGCCGGGGGAUAAUCUAAGGGCGGUGUCCUAUGAAAAUAUGGUCCAAGGCCAGGCACCGAUCCAUGGUCCACCCGCGAUCGAUAGAAGAAGAGAUAACCCAUCUCCUCUUUCGACAGUAUCUACGGUAUCGAAAAUGUCAGACCAUAGUGGCGAGAAAAGCGUUAUUACGGGGAUUGCGUCGACUUUAGGAGGCAAGUUUAUAGCAAAUGUCGCUGCGGAUGCCGUUGAGAGAACCAAACAUGGCAAGAAGAAGGGGGGACUCUUUGGUUUUAUGCACCACAAGGCCUCAGGUGAACACCACGCCACUAUAGAUGGUGUCCCGCCGACAACACCAUCUGCCAAUGCACCAGCCAAGAUACCGCCUUCGAGAAGCGUCUUUGGCGCGUCCCUCGGUGACGCCGUCGAGGUUAGUAAGCCAUCGGGCGUCGAUUUAGAGAUCCCAUCGGUUGUAUACCGCUGCAUCGAAUACCUUGAUGCUCGCGGUGCGUGGCAGGAGGAGGGUAUCUUUAGGUUAAGUGGAUCCAACACAUCCAUCAGGCAGCUGAGAGACAGGUUCAAUACCAAUGCAGAUAUAAAUCUGCUGGCUGACGAAGAAGAAUAUCACGACCCUCAUGCCAUCGCUGGAUUGCUGAAACUCUACCUACGGGAGCUGCCGCAUAACCUUCUUACCAGAGAUCUACAUGGAGAGUUCGUCGCCGCGUUGGAAGAUGACGACAAAUCGAACCGGGUACCGCGCCUCAACCAACUGGUCCACCUACUACCAAUCGAGAACUUCACCCUGCUCAAAGUUCUGGCCCAACAUCUCAUUCAGAUCGUCGACAACGCCGCCGAAAAUAAGAUGACGGUUAGGAACGUUGGCAUCGUAUUCUCGCCGACACUCAACAUUCCCGCCGGUGUCUUUUCGCUGUUCAUAUUGGAGUACUCGUCGAUCUUCUUCAAGCCAGGUGAGGAAGGUUAUGGAGAACAUACCCAUAACACAAGGGAGUUAGCCGAACCUCAACCUCAGGAGAAGACGCUUGCGCAAUCAUAUCCGGCACCUUGGAUGCAGCAGUACUCGGGUCAAGCUCCACAACUACAAUAUGCCCAGCAGGCGUACACCCACGCACCUUCAUCACAACCUGCUCCUACUACCAGUCAAUCGAAUCUUCUUGCAGCCCCUGUAACGGCAGCUCCAGGCCCAGGUCUUCCAUCCACACCACGUAGGAUGAACUUCAAUCUGGAUGCCAAGGAUGAGAAGAGCACUAGCAGUGGUGGCAAUGGCAAUGGCAAUAGUAAUGCAGCUGGUAUGGUGCCCCAGACGCCUACUUCUACCUUUUUCUCUAGCGGUGGCGCAAUUGGCGGGAGCAUGUCACUGAGUAAUAAUGAUAAAAAGAGUCGACGGCAAAGUACCAUGUUGGGGUUGUUCAGCAGUAGCAAGUUUUCGGGGCUGAAAGGCAAAGGAACUAACAACGAAGAGAGUCCGAACCCAUUCGACGAGAAUAGUAUGUACGACGUAUGA